AUGGCAACAGCCGCAACACUUACGACUGUCGACCUUUCAAUAACUACAUACCCCGAUGGCGGUCUCCAAGCAUGGCUCGUCGUCCUGGGCUCUUGGGCCUGCAUGAUCCCUUCCAUGGGACUUCUCAACACCAUGGCUGUGUUGCAAGCGAGAUUUUCAGAGAAUGAGCUGCGAAACCUGCCAGAAUCAACAAUUGGCUGGAUUCUAAGCAGCUAUGCCUUUUUCCUAUACUUUUGCGGAGCGCAAGUCGGUCCCAUCUUCGACGCAUAUGAUGUGAAGUAUCUGGUAAUCCCAGGGAAUAUCGGCAUUGUCAUUUCCAUGAUGCUGCUUGGGCUAUGCAAAGAAUUCUACCAAUUCUUCCUCUGCUUCGGCCUCCUCGGCGGCGCCUCAGCCUCCCUGCUCUUCAAUCCCGCCAUCGCCAUCAUCGGCCACUACUUCGACAAACGCCGUGCUCUCGCCACAGGAAUUGCCUGCACUGCCGGUGGUCUUGGAGGUAUCAUGUUCCCCCUCAUCGUCCUUUACCUCACCCCUCAGAUUGGCUUCGCCUGGGCUACCCGAAUCAUCGCCUUUAUCUGCCUUGCUAUGGGAUGCAUCUCCGUCUGCCUCAUGAAGAAGCGGCUCCCUCAUAAUAAGAAUACUAGCAUUCGUCCCGGUAGUGCCAUUGAUUUCAAGGCCCUUCGCGACCCCAAGUAUGCUCUCACAACCCUUGCCGUCUUCCUUGUUGAGUUCGCUGUCUUCAUCCCCUACACUUACAUCUCCUCUUAUGCCAUCCACGCCGGCAUGCCCACUCAACGAGCAUACCUCCUCAACGCUCUCGUCAACGUUGGUGCAAUCCCUGGCCGUGCUUUGCCAGGCUAUGCUGCCGACCGUUUCGGUGCCUUUAAUGUUCUUGCUCUCACAUCCACCACAUGUGCGGCCCUGAUCUUCGCUCUUUGGUACACAGCAGGCACCAAUGAGGCUGCCAUCUACUCCUUUACCGUGUUGUAUGGUUUCUGGUCUGGUGCUGCGAUUAGUAUUACACCAGUUUGCAUCAGCAGAGUGUGCAAUAUUGAAGACAUUGGCAAGCGGACUGGCACAGCCUUUUUCAUCGCAAGCUUCGGUGUGCUCAUUGGCCUUCCCAUUGCGGGCGCCAUCUUGAAGGCUGACGGUGGCUCCUAUAACGGAGUCAUUGUAUUUGCAGGUGUUUUCUACGCGGCAACUGUUGUUACCCUUUACUUUGCUCGUGGUGUGGCUGCUGGUUGGGGACUCAAAGUCCUCUUCUAA